UUGAAUCUUUUGUAAUACAUGAUAUAAUUGUUUAUUUCGUAAAAGUAAUUAAUUUUAUGUAAUAUUAAAUUUUCAAGGGAAGGGCCGUUUACUAAUGUUGGCAGAACUUGUGGCCCGACCCAACUGCUAUAAUUCAGUUUAUUGUUAAUAUCUAUAUGUUGCUGUAAUUAUAUAUAUACAUGUAUUAUAAGCAAUAAAAUAUGUUUAAACUAAUCUUAACAGUUAGACAGCAAGGAUAAAACAAGACAAGAAACACAGUGGGGCACCGCAAUGGAACGAUCGGUGCCAAAACACCACUGGGAAGUUUAACAGUGAUGUUACACAGGUUAAGAUAAAAUAUUCUCUCUAAAUAACGCAAACUAAAUCGCGGUUUUCUCGCAAAAACAAUGCAGUAACAUGAAAACAAUGACAAAAAUACUUUCAAGUAGAAGCUGUCAUGUACACCUUCAAAUUGUGCACUAUAUUUACCCCAUGCCAGUAUAUAUCCGCAAAUAUCACGUGAAAAUUAUUUAUAAUUAGCAGCUGUACAAUUUGAGUAAAGCCUUAUAAAUGUCUUUGAAAUACAUGUGCAUAUCCACGCUUCAAUAUUACGCAUUGGAUUUGCUUCAGACUUGCCCAUCUUUAUCUUCAUGAAUAGCAAAAUCCGCAACUCUUUGCACCAUUUUUUUUAACUGACUGGUUAAAAUUUUCGCUCAGAUGUUCACUAUCUUUGAAAUUAAAUUAUACGAUUUUUUAUAACAUAAAUAAGUUGACAAUAUCUGCACCAGUUCUGUAAGGAUAAAUCAAUGACAAAUGAAGAUAUCCUAAUUGUAUUUGUUUGUUUGUUUUGGGUUUAACGCCAUUUUUCAACAGUAUUCCGGUUUUGUAACGGCGAGCAGUUAACCUAACCAGUGGUCCGGGAUUCUGUACCAGUACAAACCUGUUCUCCGCAAGUAACUGCCAACUUCCCCACAUGAACAGAAGUGGAGGACGAAUGAUUUCUGACACAAUGUCUUUUAUCAAAUCGUCACGGAAAACAUACGGCCCGCCCGGGGAUCGAACUCACGACUCCGCGAUCCGUAGAUCUGCGCUCUCCGUAGCGGAAUAAUCGUAUUUGUUGUAAAAAAGCGUGUUAUUGCUGAUAGGUAUCUCUGCUUGUAGGCAAGAGUUGUCUUUCUUUGUGGCUACAUAUCAAAACCAGUUAUUGAUAUAAAAAGAAACUUUCAUCAAUAAAGUAUCAUUCUGUUUAUUGAAUGACUUAGAAAUCAAUCUCUAGAAUUCAUUCAAUAAAAUUCUAUCAAUUAAAAAUAGGUGAUUCUUCCUGACCGAAACAUAGGUUAUAUAGAUAUACCUUAGCGGCGUGUCAAAAUAUCAUCGCAGAAAAUAUUUCCAGCUUAUGGAUAGUUUUUUUAUUUGACUAACGAUUAUUGAUAUCGUUUGCAGCAAACUGAAGUUAUAGUGUUUUAACAUGGCAUUCGCGAAAGGGAAAAUAUAUAUUCAAUAAAAAUCUGGUAAAAUGAUAAUAAUAAUAAUAUGCGAACUGAUGUCUAUAAUACCAAUAUUUGAUGACUGAAACGGAUCGUUGAAUAAAGGCGAUAAUGUUGUAAUAAGACCAGAGACCAGUAUAAUCCAAUCUUAUGUAUCAAUUUACAUAACUCUUGCAAAGAUUUAUGCAAAUUCAUACACAGCUACUUGUUGUAUUUCUCUCCUGAAUAAUUGCAGUAGAAUAAGUAAAGAACCUAUGGAAAGUUUCGAUUUAAAUAAUUUUCGGUGUUUGCAUUAUAAUAUCGAAUUUUCGGUAUGAUUCUCACAGUAUAUAUAACUAAAUAAAAUACAUAACCGACGGCAAUAUGACAUGAUAUGAUAUUUCAUUGAUGUUUUUUUAUAAUAACACAUUUUUUAAAGUUUUACUACCCGGAUUUCCACCCAGCAUGCAUCGCAUGUUGUAUGUGUAUAGGAUAUAAUUUUAUUCACACAAGUUACAUCCCUGAUUGAUUUCCAGUGCGACAUCUUUUACAUAGCUCUUUAUUAAUCAAACCAUCCUACGUGUUGUAAAAUCAAUGAAAUACCAUUACAAAAGUGUAUGUGUGUGUAUGUUCAAAUGUUGAUUCUUUUUAUAUCGUUUGAGUAAUUUGAAUUAAGUAUUUAGUGUGAGAUUCAGUGAUAAUACGAGGUACAAGAUGGUUUCUCAGGAUAUAAACAAGAUAAACAGGGUGUUUAUGUUACUGCUUGUCUGGGGUUCGAUGGGCCUAUAUUUAGAAAUGCCUGGUCCAACAAUGAUUGACAUCAAAAUCAUCUUCAAAGCUACCUAUGAAGACGUAUCUCGUUCUGUAAGUGGGCGUGGUGCUGGUGGAUUCUGUGGCGCUCUGGUAGCUGGAUUUCUGGUAGACAGAUUUAGCCACUCCCUCGACCUGCUUAUCGCGCUAGCAGAAACUGUUGCAGGUCUUGCCAUAAUGACUCUUCCGUACACGUUCACAAUCAACACAUUAUGGUUUCAUUACUUCACCCUUGGCGUAUGCAGUGGUGUUGUCGGCAUUGCUGGUAUCCGGUCUGUGAUAACGUUAUGGCCUGAGAAGACGGCUGUUUCUCUUCAGCUACUUCAUGUCGGGUAUGGCAUCGGUGCAUUAAUGGUACCACUCGCGGUCAAUCCAUUCUUGGCUAUAGUAGAGUUGCCUAAACAAAAGGACUUGCACAAGAAAACAGAAUACUUCAGAAUAAUAAAGGGAACACAUGUUCAGUACGCAUACGUUGCUAUAGGAAUAGGGACCAUUCUUCUAUCUUUGACAUUUUACCGUUUUCAUUUUCAACGUUACUUUUGUAAGGGAUAUAAACGAGUUAAAACUUCGACGGAAGCAUUAACAAGAAAAUUAACGUUUAAGGAAAUGAUUAACCCAGCAACCUACGCUAAUGGACAAUUUUGUUACGGGGUAUAUACUCUGUUUAUGCUAUUCAUGUAUUAUUUUUCCAUGGUAGGAGGGCUAGAGAUGUUUGGGCAGUUUGUUCGAUCCUUUUCUGUAGAAGUGUUUAAAUUUACAAAAACGGAAGCUUCUUAUUUAAAUAUGACGUUCUGGCUUGGCAUAACCAUUGGAAGAUUGGUCGGCUCAGUGCUUUCCAAUUAUAUACCAAUAAAAAAACUAUUUAUGUUUCAAGUAUUAAUGCAUACAUUUUCAGCAACAAUGUUAAAUGUGUAUGCUUCUAUAAGCCCAACCUUGUUAUGGUACUGCACAGCGUUUGAAGGUUUUCUUAUUUCUACGUUGAACGCCAGUGGAAUAGCUUACGGGAAUACCCUUAUAGAAAUUAGUGGCAUGUGUUUGAUGAUAAUUCAAUUUGCUGGAAGCUUUGGGGAUUUGAGUUUUAUUUGGGUAGAGGGGAAAUUGUAUGAUACAUACGGACCUAAAUCUGUGCUAUAUAUUUUACAAUUGGUAGGAAUUGUUUUGCUAUUUUGCGCACUUUUUCUAAGAAUUGGUGAGCGUUACAAAAGAGUCAAAGAGGUAGAAUUACUGAUUAAAACAUAAUUUAAUAUUUUUAUGCUAUUUAAAUGUUUUAGAAUAGCUUACAUUUGAACGUUGCAUUUUUACUGCUUAAAUUUAAGCUUUAAUAUCUCAACAAUGUUUACGUGCAUUUUAUUGAUCAAUGCUUCUUUUGAUAUAUCAUGUAAUUUAAACUUAUGUGCUGCUAUUUGGAAAAAAAGGCUGGAUACACGAUUGUAAGAACUUAAAUGUAAUUUUACAAUCUAACUGAUGGAACAUUAUUAUAUACCCCUCUGAAUCGGAAAUAACUCUCAGGGCAGUCCGGUUUCGAAGGUUUCUGCUGUAUAUUCAUUUGUACAGCUCAGUUUCAGUUAUAAUAAACCCCGAAAUGUUUUUGUUUGUGUUUUUCACCAUCAACACAAUUUUAGUUCAUAGGAAGACAUUAUAGCUUUUCUUGGUGAAGGUCUUCCAGACAUCAUUUCAGGCACUGGAGGACACCUGUGUAGAACCACCGAGGUGAAAUUCAACUGUGUUCAUUUAAUCGCUGUUUUGUCUUCGUACUCUACUUGUUUUUACUAUGUCUAUGUAUAUGUGUGUUUAUUUUCACGAUGUAAACUGACUGUUAUAAAAUUUUCAAUUCUGCA